AUGGGGCACCCGACUCCGGAUCUCCCGGUCCUUGCUGAAGACGACUCGAUGUUGUCGAGGAAAUUUGGCCGCGAGGUCGCCAAUUACUUUAGCGGUAGCCCAUUGAACCGAAUCUCAUUUCUCAGGACCGAUUAUGGCUUUUUGCGCGCUGCCUUCGCUCAUCCCAGCGCGGCAUUUUUACUACUAGAUAACUUGUCACCGCUUGCUAAAGACUACGCAAACUUAUCCUAUGUUACUAGAGAUAUAGUAGUACCAUUAACGGGAGAGGAGCCUUUCAAAGAGUCUGAGCAGGAACAGCUUAAAGACUUCAACUCGGCUAUUACACAACCUGUUGUCCUCUUCCUCGGUAUCGAUGAAAAGAAGCCCGACUUCCAGUAUCGUGAUUACAAAGGCAAACCAUACUUUGCUGUCGAUGUCACGCCUAAAGGUACCAUCGAAGCCAAAGCUAAGAGUAUCGUGGAUAUUGUUAAGGCCAACGGUGUUUCUUUUAUCGAUGGGAGGAGGCUUCUAACUUUAAAUGCCCCAGAAGCGGCGAUAUUCGCAGAAGCUCGUGCUUUGCUUGACUGGAAUAGCCGGAACCCGUUCUGUGGUGGCUGUGGUCAGCCAACUACGUCUAUCAAUGCCGGCUGGAAACGGUCCUGUCCACCGACAGAUCUAGCAGGCGUUUCUGAAGGCGGUGCACCAAAGGAGAGAGCUGAUUGCCCCACUCGACAUGGCAUAAGCAACCUCUGUUUCCCGCGGACAGAUCCUACCGUCAUUAUGGCUGUGGUUUCGGCUGAUGGUACCAAAAUCCUUCUUGGUCGAAACAAGCGGUUUCCUCCGUUUUGGUUCAGUACACUUGCAGGGUUCCUCGAGCCGGGCGAGUCCAUCGAGGAGGCGGUCCGCCGUGAGACUUGGGAGGAGAGCGGCGUGACGGUAGGACGUGUUGUGCUUCAUAGUUCGCAGCCGUGGCCUUAUCCCGCCAACUUAAUGAUCGGUGCAAUCGGCCAGGCCACUCCUGGCGGCGAGACGAUACAUCUUGGCCACGACGAAGAAUUGACCGACGCUAGAUGGUUCCCCUUCGAUGAAGUAAGAGAAGCCAUAGCGACCGGUGUUAGUGGUCUAGGAGACCCAGCCCCAGCUGGAUACAGGGAGGGAGCUUUAAGAUUGCCUCCACAGACAGCUAUUGCUAACCAGCUGAUCCAAGCGGUUCUAAACGGCUACCUAGGCGCAGUACCCAAGAUAUAA